AUGCCAGCAACAGAACUCCUCCAGAGCAACAAGACAGCCCGCAUCCUCGCAGAGGCAGAAAAAGGCGGCUAUGGAGUCCUAGCAGCAAUAGCGUACGUCACGCCUCCGAUCCCCAUCAAGCAAGCUCCAGGAGAAAGAUAAUCUCCCAAUAACAACUCAUUCAUUCAUUCAUUCAUUCAUCCAUUCAUCCACCAGCUACAACAUCGAACAAAUCCUCGCCCUGGUAAAAGCCGCAGAGACCACCCGGUCCCCGCUGAUCCUCCAAUUCUUCCCCUGGGCCAUCACCUUCAGCGACGGCCUGCUCGUCCACGCCGCCGCUCUCGCCGCGCAGAAAGCCACCGUCCCCAUCGCCCUGCACCUAGACCACUGCAUGGACGCCGCCAUGGUCCGCCACGCCGCCGACCAUCUCCCCUUCGACUCCAUCAUGGUCGACAUGUCCCACCACGCCAAGGCAGAAAACCUCCGCCGCACCGCGCAAUUGGUGGCGUACUGCCACGCGCGCGGCAUCGCGACGGAAGCGGAACCCGGCCGCAUCGAAGGCGGCGAGGACGGCAUCGCCGACACGGCGGAUCUGAGCGGCAUGCUGACGACGCCCGACGAGGUGGCAGACUUCAUCGCCACGGGCGUCGAUUUCCUCGCGCCGGCUUUUGGGAAUGUCCACGGGGAGUAUGGCGCGCGCGGACCCAGGUUGGAAUUCGAUCGGCUGGCGGCGAUAGCUGCGGAUUGCAAGCGACGGCAGGUGAGGGUGGUGUUGCAUGGGACGAAUGAUUUCCCCGAGCAUGUCAUGGCGCGGUGUAUCGCGGGCGGCGUUUCGAAGAUUAAUGUCAACAAGCUGGUCUUGGAGGAUUAUAAUGAGUAUUUGAAAGUCGCGGCGCCGACGACGCCGAUUACGAGGCUGAUGGAGGAGGGUGUAGAGAAAGUUGUCCGGUUGACGGAAGUGUGGAUGCAUAGAUGUGGUAGCGCUGGGAAGGCUUGA